AUGUCUUCUAACGACUCUGAGUCCGGUGACAUACGAGGCUACAUGUCAGAGGCAGGAAGCAAGUUUAUUAUUAACGAUCACGUACAGUGGUACAUUGACAUUGCAUUCCUGUUCGUGUCUCUGCCAUUUUUUUCUGUGAGUGGAAUUCUCUUUAACAUAACGAACGUUAUUGUGUUCACCAAAACUGGACUUUCAGAUUGUGUCACUAUGGCUGUUUUGUUCUUAGCCACCUCUGAUUUUCUCCUUUGUUUUACCACUCUCUUCAAUGUCUUGUCAAGCGUCACCAAAGCUGACAAUUCUUACAUACCUGGUUCCUACGGCCUAUAUAAUUACUUGUUUUUGCUCUCUACGUGGACAAGGGAGAUGUUUGUAGACACGUCCCUUCUCCUUACGGUGUUCGUGUCGUUAGAGCGCUGUUUGUGUGUCACCUGGCCUCUCAAGUUCAAAACUCUCUUCACAACCAAAAAAGCUGCUGUCAUAAGUACAGCUAUCACUUGUGGUACCAUCGUGUCGUACAUCCCAGUUCAACUUAGUCAAGGUAUCCGAGAGCAAUAUGACGUCACCACAAACAGAACACAUCUGAUGUUGUGGUUUUCAGAGGAUCGAGGAGAAAUUAUCAAGUAUAGUAACUCAUUUCAUAGACUUUUCCUUCACAACGCGAGUCUGGCCUCAAUCACUACCAGCGCUAUUCUUAUGGCAUUUCGCCUCCGGGCCUCAGCAGGUUUUAGACAGCGGGCAACGUCCGCGGAACCUGGAGACAAAAACAACACCAGAGCCUUGUCCAGAAAGGACAGCCGAGUGGUCACCAUGGUGUUUCUGGUCGCUUUGGCCUCCAUCAUUCUACUCUUACCCUCUAUGCUUUUUGUGAGCGCCAGGAGAGUGUUGCCCGAUCUGGGCCAACAGCCACGUUUUAUGAACCUCAUAUCUACCCUUAUGGAAAUCAUGUUCAUAUUCUCCACUCUCAACGCCAACGUCAACAUCUUCAUCUACUACAACUUUAACUCACGGUACCGACAGUACCUCCAACAGUACCUGCAAUGCCAGAAGGCUCCGUCCUCUUCGCUCCCAGACUUUGUACAGAGUCUCCCUAUGGCUGUGCUGACUGUAGCAAUCCUGUUGGCCACCUUCACGUUCGUGUUAGCCGAGCUUGAUAGGGUGCUGCCAAAGUAG